UGCAGGCCGCCAAGACCGAGAACGUGCCGGGUGUGGACGAGUUCUUUCUCUACAAGCUGGAGGCUGGAACUGUGACGGACAUGACGCCGAAUCUCUUGUGGGGAUCCGCGCUGCGUCAGUUCAAGCCCAUCGAGGAGAUCGGCGUGGCCAAGUUUGUGGAGAAGGAAGGGGUGAACAUGGACAAAGACAUUGGCGAGCUGAUCGAUCGAACUCAUGUCCUGGUCGACAGGGCGCAGAACCGGGUCUACAGCGAGAUGCUGAGUCAGACAGACCUCGUCUCGGGCACCAACUCCUUCUACACGCUUUAUUUGCUCGAGUCCGACAAGGACUCCGGCGGCAGCUGCUACUGGGUGUGGCGGAAGUGGGGCCGAAUAGGCGUCAGCCAGGGCGGCAAGAAGUUAGAGGAGUUCAAAACGAACAAGUCCGCCGCCAUAGCGCAGUUCGGAAAGCUCUACACGGAGAAGACGGGCAACACCUAUGGUCACAAAGCCACGGAGUUUGUGCAGAAGCCCGGGAAGUUCGGGCGGAUCGAUCUGCAGCACAAGGCCCUUCAGAAGAAGAAGGCCAAGACGGAGGACAACGAGGUGAACCCGUCCCAAGAGGAGGUGGAGGGUGGCCAGGUCUUGGGCCAGCUCUCCAAGGCGGCGAUCGAGAGGGGAAACGCGGUCCUGGAUCAGAUUGAGAACAUCCUGUCUGAGCUCGCCGAAGGAGCCGCGCCCAGCGCGGUGCAGAAGGCCAAGAUCAACGCCCACUCCGCAGAGUUCUACGCGCUGAUCCCGCACAACUUUGGACUGAAGGCACCACCGCCCAUCGCGACACAGGACCUCUUGGGCGCCGAGCGCGCCACGCUGCAGUUCUACCUCCGCAUGGGCUUCGAAGAGAUCGGCGGCGAGGAGGAGGAGAAGCUCACGCCCAUCAGCGGAGUGAUGGAGCUGGCCUUGCCCAAGACCUUGGCGGAUGGGUGCAAGGGCAUCUGCGGGAAGAAGGACGUUGACAGCUGCACCAAGAAGGGCGAUGCCCUACAGAAGAAGAAAGCUGGAAAGCCGGUGAAGCCCAUGAACAAGGACCUCUACGGAUCCAUCCUGCUUUACACCUCCAACGCCAUCUACAAGCAGCUGAACAAGGCCUUGCGCGACGAGGACCGGGACAAGGUGGGCUCCUUCUUCCCCUACCUGCGGAUCCUCUUCGAAGCCUGCGCCAGGCUGCCCGCGAAAGAAGUCACGCUCUGGCGCGGGGUGGGCGUGGACCUCUACGACCAGUACAAGGUUGGUAGCACCAUCACCUGGUGGGGCGUAUCCAGCUGCACCAGCGACAAGAACGUCGCCAACAACUUUGCCAAAGGCUGCGCCGGAGCGUCAACGGUGCUUACGGUCGAGACGCAGACCGCCACCGAAAUCUCCGAGUUGAGCUUCUACACCAACGAGUCCGAGAGCAUCCUGCUGCCGGGCACGCAGCUCAAGGUCCUGUCAUCCGAGAAGAAGGGCAAGACUGCGCACAUCAAGCUGAAGGAGGUUGGGCGUCAGGUCGGCUGAGGCGGCUCCAGGAGAGCGGGAGGCGUCUCUCUCGUUUUCAAGCGCCUCGCUGCUGUUUGCUUCCAUCCUUGGGCUCUCGGUCAUCGAUUCCGCCCGGCGGCAAGAGAUGGAUCCUAGGUAGCUCCCCGGUCGUUUCCUCUUCGGGAA